AUGGGCUAUGGGGGCGAAAAGGCGAAUUCACUUCAGAAACCCUUCAUCAGUGUUAGUGAUGAUGAUGACCAGCUCAGCAUAUCAUGUGAAAUACCACUUUCAGUCAGAGCUGAUUUCAUCUGUAGCCUCUACACUGAGAAUGAUGCUCUUCUGUAUCAACGUGACUCUCAGUGGAGUCAGUCUGGAAAUAAUCUUUGUAUGUUUUAUGUAAGUCGUAGUGAACUCUUCACACGAUCAGUGAACAGCAGACGGCUGAUCUGUGUUUAUUCACUCAAGACUGAACCUGAGAUCAGAUCACCACACAGUGACACAUAUACCAUCAGAGAAUCUCCUACUGUAAAAGUAUCUCCAGAUGUCAUAAGAGAGUCCAGCUCAGUGAAGAUCAGCUGUGAGACUCCAGCAGAUGUUAGAGUGAAUCAGUGUUAUUUCAUCACAAACAGAGAAGAGAAGAAUCUAAAAGUCAGUUCAUCAUGUGAGCUCGAGCUCACUGGUGCUGAAGUGCUCAGAUGGGCAGGUGUAAAAUCACCUGAAUCAAUCUACAUUAACUGUUACUACACAAUACAUGAAGGAGGCAUUAAUAAACCAUCAUCUGAUUCUCCUCCCGCCACAGUGACGGUUCUAGAUGCACUUCCAAAACCCUUCAUCAGUGUUAGUGAUGACCAGCUCAGCAUAUCAUGUGAAAUACCACUUUCAGUCAGAGCUGAUUUCAUCUGUAGCCUCUACACUGAGAAUGAUGCUCUUCUGUAUCAACGUGACUCUCAGUGGAGUCAGUCUGGAAAUAAUCUUUGUAUGUUUUAUGUAAGUCGUAGUGAACUCUUCACACGAUCAGUGAACAGCAGACAGCUGAUCUGUGUUUAUUCACUCAAGACUGAACCUGAGAUCAGAUCACCAGGCAGUGACACAUACACCAUCAGAGAUCUUCUUCAGGCCAAGUUGAGAGCGUCUACUUCAGUUAUUCUGGAAACAGACACAGUUGAGCUGAGCUGUGAGAAUACUGAAGAUCUGAAGAUGGAGAAGUGUUACUUCAGCAUAAAUGGAGAAGGAAGUAACUCAAAAGUGAGCUCAUCAUGUCAGCUCUCACUCAUCUGUUCUGCUGAUGUUCUCACAGAGCUGAACUACACCUCCUGCCAGCUGGAAACAACGUCUAUUUUAACCUCCUCUGUCUGCCCCUCAAAACAUGGAUGA